AUGGACAGUCUGCUAUUCAUCCACAUGUUCUACAGGGAGAUGAGCGGGGACAGUCUGUCGUACGGCUCACAGCCGGAAUACGUGCACUACGUGAACCCGCCGCCGCUGGGCGGACUCGGGCCCUACUCCUGGGCCGACUCCACGUCCGGCACCUCACAGGAGCUGUACUUCCGAGGACAACGCAAAUACUUCCGGCGGUCGUUCUGCAGCGUCUGCCUCAGCGUCUCCAUAGUAACCGUGAUUAUAGCGGUGAUCGGCAUUGUCGCCAUUGCGGCUUAUCUGGGAGUCAUGACUACAGAUGAUAGUGAGGCAUUAAAGUACGAGAUGCAGUACACUGGCAAAUUCCGUGUAGCCCGGGGUGAUUUCUUCCAUCCGAGUUUGUCCGACACCACGUCUGCCGACUUCAAGGACAAGGCCGAACGCUACAAGAGGAUGAUUGAAACUCUGUACGGCUACAGCUACCUGUCAGACGCAUUCCGACGGGCAUCCGUCGAGAGGUUCGGCAACGACUCCCUGACCGUGUUCUUCAGGGUUCAUCUCGACCGGAGAAAGAUUCCCACGUCCGUCCUCAACACGGAGGAGGCGGUGCGGGACGUGGUGACCCAGGAGGUGAUGUCACUGGAGCCUCGCGCCCUGCGUGCCGUCACCGUCGACAUCGACAGUAUCGAGAUCCAGCGGGAGAACAAGGAAGGGGCGUCAAACGCGGCCUUCAUCGCUGGUGGUGGCGGCGGCAGUCGGCUGCAGGAGAGCGCGGCAGAGGCGCCGGCGCGGGCCGCGACGGCCUCACCCGCCGCCGAGCCACCCGAGCGCCCGGCCGCCUCGUCUUCGUCAGCUCCACCUCCGAGCCGGCCCGAGGCGUCCUCCUCCACUGCCAGGCCGCGGCCUGAGGUGGCCCUCUCCAGACCUGAAGCGGCGCCGCAGCAGACGGCGCCGGUCUCGCCCGCCGACCAGGAGGAGAGCGUCACUUCGGAGCCAGCGGCGACGCCCGCCGUCAGCGUCGGAGACGACGUCAAGGCGUACGACGCUGGGUUCGACCCAAGCGACGCGGCCCGGCCGGCCUUCGAGGACCAGGCUGUGAGCCAGGCGGAGACACAGGCCAGUCGUGAGCCCGAGCCGCAGGGCGCGCCGACGGAGAGCGUCGAAGUGACAGUUGCCGCUGAAAAGCCCGAGAUGUCGCAGGAGAUUUCGCACGAUAUGCCGGAAAACAUGUCGGAAGACAUGUCCAGCAAAAUGUCGGACGGCAUAUUGGGCGGCACGUCGGAAGACUUUACAAGCGAGGCGACCACGACGGAUGAGGUCACCUCCACGGAAGCCAUCAUCAAGGCUGACAUGACCGAGACUCCGGCUGACGCUGGGGCAGUCGUGGAGGGAGACGCACCGACGACAGCAGCUCCAGUCCUGUCCACUGAGCCGCCGGCUGAAUCGGCUCCGGUGACGGCGGACUUACUCGGCGAUUACACGGAACCUGAGCACGCCGAGCAGGACUACGACAUCGCCCGUGGAGACUACGCCGAUGACGUGGCCACGGAGCUGGCGCCGCUGCUAGCCGCCGGGGUCGCGCUGGGGGUGGACCGCGUGGGCUACGUAGACGCCACCGCGGCGGGGAGCGUGCAGAGCGCGCUGCCUGCCGGCCAGAAGCCGUACUACGCUGACGUGCAGGUGGGCACCGCCUACUUCGGUGGUCUGGCUCCGGCGCCGAGCGGCCGGCCAGUCGCCCCAGUCGCGGGCAGCCCCAACGUCGCGCUGGCGCGGCCAGAGCAGCCUGAGUUGGUCGAGGGUCCGGCGGCGUCGGCCGCGGUCCGACCAGUGGUGGCUGGCGACGGGGGCCCCGUGCGGCCGCUGUACGACUACAGCCCGUGGAACCCGAUAAUCCCGGCGUUCGCGCAGUCGCCCAACCCAGUGGAGCGUCCGGCGGCCCGGCCGCGGCCUGGCGCGCCACUCUUCUCGGAAGAGUGGCGGCCCACGGUGGCGGCCGGCAGCGUGCUUUACCGCACCGAGUUCAGCACGUCAGAGGUGCGCGAGAUGAGUACGGCCGAGACGCCGGAGCCGCAGCGGCGCAUCGUCAACGGCGGUGCGCAGAUGCUGCUGCUGGACCCACCGACCGCGCAGAGCGUUGACCGCAUGGGCAUCGCGUUCGCCGAGCGACGGCCGACGCGGCGCCCGAUGGUGGCGCCCACCGCGUCCGCCACGACGCAGCACGUGCUGGUCGUGAACGCGGCGCCGGUGCCGAUGAGCGACGCGCCGCGCCCUCUGGCGACAGUCACGCGGCCUGCCCUGCAGCCGGUGACGUCCUACUCGGGGGUGUACCCGCCGUCGCGCCCCAGGCCGCCGUCAGCGUUCGCUCAGAGCACGCUGCCACCGGCCGCAGAGGCUACUGACACGGAGCCAUCGCGGCUAGAGCGGGACGACGAGGACGCCGCCACGCCGACGGCGCCGUCGCCGACCUCGGCGGCGGCAGCGGCGGCGCCCAGUCGGGAGCAGCUGCUGAGCCUAUUCCGGCUGAUCGCGCUGCGCUACCCGGCGCUGGUAGCCAACAUGGACCAGCAGCAGCUGCGUGUGCUGCUCAACGACGAGGAGGCGCGCCGCCGGCUGCUGGCGCCAUUCAUCGGCCAAGACAAGAGCCGCACACCGUCCGAGCACCAGCGCAACAACACAAAGUUCCUCGUGCUGGAGAACAUCGCCGUCAACAGCACGCGCUCCAACCGCCGCGGCAAGAGCCACGCGCUGCCGAGGCAGCUGACGCACCUGCCGGCCCUGCCGCCGCCCACGCGGCGCCCAAUCAGCGCCAAGACGCUCAACAGCUCCGUUCUGCUAGCGCUGGCAAACCUCACGCGCGUAAAGGUGGCCGGCGGGCUGUCAACCGCUACCCGCGCGCCAUCUGCCAGCAGCCUAUCGGACCGGCUGCUCCAGCUGACCGGCUUCCCGACCCGCGCGCCGCCGCGUGGCGUGCACACCAGCACGCCGCUCAACUCGCGCGAGAAGCUCUCCGACAAGCUGAUGCGCUUCCACGGCGAGCGCACGGACGCCAACGGAGGCUGCUUGGAGCCGACCGACUUUGCGUGCCGCACGCUGGGAGGCUGCGUGCCGGCACUGUCGCGCUGCGACCGGCUUCUGGACUGUGCUGACGGCAGCGACGAGCGCGACUGCACGUGCGCCGACCGGCUGCGUGCCCAGUCGCUGCACCGCAAGCUGUGCGACGGCGUGGUGGACUGCCACGACUCGAGCGACGAGCAGAUGUGCGAGUGGUGCCGGCCGGAUCAGUUCAUCUGCCCGGAGGCGAAGCAGUGCGUCGACCGCAGCGCCAUCUGCGACGGACACUACGACUGCGCCGACGGUGCCGACGAGCGGCGCUGCGUGACAAUCGCGGCGGACGUGGCGCAGGCGAGCGCGCCCGAGUACCGGCCGGAGGGGCUGCUGCUCGUGCGCAAGCGAGGCGUUUGGGGCCGACUCUGUGCCGACCAGCUGGAGCGGACGGCCCGCCAGAUCAAGGGCCGCUGGGCAGCCCAGGAGCUCGGCAGGGCCGUCUGCAAAGCGCUCACCUACCAGGACGCCAAACAAGUCCGCUCGGUGGGACCGGAGACACCACCCGCAGAGACAGCGGACAAGCUCGCGGAACCCUUCUACCGACUGCUGUACUCGCCCAGCUCCCUGCUACCAGAGUCCGAGAAGGCGAGUCUGGUGUUCGCCGAGGAGCGGUGUCCCCGCCAGACGGCGCUGCACGUCACCUGCGACCAGCUGCGCUGCGGCCUGCGACCGCGCAUCAAGCAGCGCCAGGCCAGGAUCGUGGGUGGGGGCAACACGAGCCCGGGCGCGUGGCCGUGGCAGGCGGCCAUGUACCGGGACGGGGAGUACCAGUGCGGCGCCACGCUCAUCUCGGACCGCUGGCUUGUCUCGGCCGGACACUGCUACCUCAGAUCGACCAGGCGGUUCUGGUUGGCGCGGCUGGGCGCGUACCGGCGCGGCAGCUCCCUGCUCUCGCCGCACGAGCGGCUGCACGCCGUCUCGCACGUCAUCAUGCACCCUGACUACCAGGACGUCGGCUACGUGCACGACAUUGCACUGCUGCGCCUCAAGGAGCCCGCCCAGAUGAGCGACUUCGUAAGACCGGUGUGUCUGCCAUCACCCAACGCGCCGAUACAGGACGGAGCCCUCUGUACAGUGGUCGGCUGGGGCCAGCUGUUUGAAUCCGGCAGGAUAUUCCCCGACACGCUGCAAGAGGUGCAGCUACCGCUGAUCUCCUCCCAGGAGUGCAAGAAGCGCACCGUCUUCCUGCCGCUGUACCGCAUCACCGAGAACAUGUUCUGCGCCGGAUACGAGCGGGGCGGCCGCGAUGCCUGCCUGGGCGACAGCGGCGGUCCGCUGAUGUGUCAGGAGCCGUCCGGGGAGUGGACGCUGGCCGGGGUGACCAGCAACGGAUACGGGUGUGCACGCGCCGGCCGGCCCGGCGUGUACACCAAGGUGGCCAACUACGCCCAGUGGAUCGACCAGGUGACGGCGGGCCGGCUGCCGUCCGAGCAGCGGCACGGCUGCCAGGGCCACAGGUGCCCGCUGGGUCGCUGCCUGCCGGCCAGCGACGUGUGUGACGGCGUCGUGCACUGCUCCGACGGCAGCGACGAGCAGCGCUGCCCGGCCGCUGGCGCCUCGUAGCCCUCGGCCCACAGCUUCGGCCGGGGCCAGGCCGUCCGGCCGCCGCAGCCACGUGUACAAAGCGGGACAGCGCCGGCCGGCCGGCCAACCACUGGUGGUGCGAUUGGUGCCGGCGGCGACCGCUGGUGUAGACGGCGCCGCACCAGCAGGGGGAUGUGGUGACGGCCGCUUGAGGCGACACCACCGCCGCCGCAAGCGGGCCUUGCCACCUGCUCCGCCUUGUUACAGGAUACUCAAGAGUGUAGACAUUUAUCGGCAUUCUGCGGCGCGUGAGAGCGACAGUGGGAGUGCACG